AUGUUCGGCUUUCACGUCCCCAUCUACCAUGGUAAGGUGAAAGUAGACUAUGCGUGGACUUCCGAUUGGUCGGCACUUUUCACAAAAAUACUGUCAAAUUUGUUUGAACUGGAAAUCCAGCUGAAUGGCUCUUGGGCUCCAUACGAGCUUGCAUUUAGUCAGUUGGUGGACGAAGUUAUUCCCAAGCUACUUCCCGCACUCCAACAGCAAGGUCGUAUCCUCAAACCCUGUCUCGUACAUGGAAAUCUUUGCGAGGGCAACAUCGCAAGCAAUCUUGAUACAAAUGAGCCAGUGAUAUUUGGUGCGCGUGGCUUCUACGCGCACAAUGAAUAUGAACUGGAGUCUAAAUCUAUUAGGCACGAAAUUUUCAAUGACAUGUGCUACCUCAACUCCAAGUAUUGUUCAAGGCCAUAA